AUGCUGCAAAAGCCUUUCUUCUCUUCCGAAGGUAUUGCAGAGUUGAUCGUGAUUAGCAGCAGCGAUGAAGAACAAGACGAGAAUUUUAAUAAGGAUGUUGAGCCUAAUCAACACCAUCCUCUGAAAGAAAUUCAUCUGAAGGAUGGAUUUCAUGAUGGUACUGAUUUUCAGGAUGCUUUUUUAUCUUCACCAAUCCUAUUAUCGACUAGGAGCACCACCUCCUUGAAAAACAAUUCCAACCAAAAACAAAUCCUCCAAACAUCCUCUCUUGUUCAUAGUCCAACACAACAUUUAUUAGAAAAAUCAAUUCUAAUUCGGAAUGGGUCUGAAACAACGAUUCAAAAAGAAAAGUUUCAAAAUCAUGACUCUGAUGAGAGUGAUGAGGGUGUUCGAAUUAUUCAUUCCAUGAUUUAUUCUCAUACAGGUGGUGAUGAGAAUGAUGAAACAUUUCUAUUACAUCAAUUUGUGAUUCGAAAUGAACAUGAUGAUACAUUUAUUGAUUUGAUGGACUUGACAAUGCAAGACAAUUUCUCUAUGAACAAUAGAAAAAUUAAUGCAGUCGUCUAUGGACAUGUCAUACAAGUGAACCAUCAAUUACCAUCUCAUAUUUGCAUUGACAUGGAUACAACGGAUGGAUUUGAUGCAUUGGAUGAAUGGAUUUCUACAAAACAAGAUCAGAAAGAAUUAGAAAAAAUUGGAUAUUUACUUGACAUUCAAGUGAAAUAUGAAAUUUGUACUCGACCUAUUAUUUGUUUGUCCAUUGAUAGGAGUAGUCUUCGUAAUCGCCAUCCUUCCAAAUCCAAUAACAUUAUUGAAUGUGAAUGUCUUGAACCAUCCAAUGAAUAUUUUGAAAUCUAUGAAAAGCUUUAUCAACGAUCAUGUGUUUGUCAUUCUCUUUUUGAGAGUAUCCUUAAUUAUCCCUCAGGAAGUUAUAUGAAAGUACUGAAUGAAACAAAAGAAUUAGCUCAAUCAUUGGGCCUCUUCAUUAAUAAUGGAAUUUUAUUAAGUCAUUUUCCAUUUAUUGUGAAUCAAGCAUAUCGAUUGAAUGAUCCAAUCAUUCUCAAUAGCAAAUUUAUGAGUGAGCUAACUGCAAGACAUGUCAUUCGAGAAGAUUCAUACUUGAUGACAAGUAGUCAAAGUGACAUGAAUGACGAACUCUAUGAUGAUAGCGACAUGAAUGACGAACUCUAUGAGGAGGAAGUGAAAAAAAAUCAAAAGCUCAAAACGGAAAAAGCAUUUCACUACUCAAAGAAACGAAAACAUCACUCGAGCACAAAAAACAAAAGAAAAAAGCAAAUGACAAACAAAAACUCUUCUCCAAGCAUUAAUGUUACCAUUCCAUCCACAACUCAACUCAUUUCAUUUCUCUAUGACUCAUCUCAAAGUAAAAUCAUUGGAUUUGAGUAUAAUGGUCAAGAAAUAUAUGAAGGUGAAUCUAUCUAUCUUUUACCUCAUGAGGAUUUAUUUCCCAAUCAUAUAAGAGGCAAAAUGGAUUUGAAGAGUUAUCCCUAUCUCAUUUAUAGAGUUGAAUUUAAAGAAAAAUCAAUCUAUGGAAGAAGACUCUAUCGACAUUAUGACAUGGCCUUCUUGUGUAUGGAAAGUGAAAAGAAUAUUCUCACAACAGAUGUACAUCAAUUGUUUAUUGAUAGAAGUAGUGAGACUAUCAUCAUUGAGUUACCCAUCCUUGACUAUUUUGUUCGAAAAUGUUUUGUAUUUUAUUUAACAAGUGUUGAAGAAUUUGAAGAAAUUUCAAACAAUAUUCGACAGCAUAGAGAUGUCUUUUAUUGUACGAGCUCUGUGACCAUAUCCAAUUCAUACAAAUUCUAUCAAAUUCAAUCACCUAUUGAUCAUGUCUAUAUUAAGAGAAUGAAUGGAUGUGGAGGACUUUCUUAUGGGUUGUAUAAGGCUGGUAUUCAAAUCUGUUAUGCUAUUGACAGUUCCAUCGAUGCUAUUAACAACUAUCAAUUGAAUUUUAAAUCAUCCAAUACAUUUCAAAAAAAAGCAUCUCAAUUCUUACGUAAAGUUAAGAUGAUUAACAAAUUGAGAGAAAUUUGUGGAAUCACUUAUCGGAACACAACAGAUGAAACCACCACUGCAGAUACCACUGAUCAAACUACUUGUGAUACAAUAGAUCAUCAUAUCACAAACACAAUGGGUAGUAGUACAACCAGUGGUGAUGAUACUCAAAGCAAUCAGUCAUCGUUGUCAAUUUUAAAAAUUAAGAAAUUUAGAGUUCAUGAGGAUCGCAUGGAAUUUAAAGUCAUUUGGGAUAAUACCAUUUUGAGAGACAAAAAAUGGAUUUAUUUUUCUCAAUUACAACAAUUAGCACCCAACUACAAGUCAUUACUUGAAAAAUUUCUAGAGAAGAAAUACCAUGAUUAUCCUCAUCAAAAUGAAAUUGAUGUAUUGGUUGGUGGUCCUCCUUGUCAAGGGUUUUCUAUUCUCAAUAGAAAGAAAGAUAAAACUACUUCAAUCAUGUCUCAAGAAAAGAACCAACAAAUUCUAACUUUUAUUGAUUUUGUAGAUUAUUUUAAACCUAAAUAUGUAUUAAUGGAGAAUGUAACUGGAAUGUUAAUGAACAGUAAUGUAUUUGAUGUUCCACAAUUCAUCAUUUCUAAAUUCAAAGACAUUGGCUAUGAUAUUCGAAUAUCUGUAUUCAAUACCAUUCACUUUGGAAUACCUCAAUCUAGAUUAUUCUUUUUGGGUCAAAAAACAAACACCACCCAACACAACUCUAGUCUUGUACAAUUUCCAAUUCCUACUCAUGCUGGAAAAGUUCAUUCUUCUAUUCCAAAUAUAUUUAAAAAUGUAUUAUUUUCAUAUCCAAAGCGAAUUCAAAGUGGAUCCAUGCCACCUGUGAAUUUGAGAGAUUAUAUUUGUGAUUUAAAACCAUUAGAAGAAUCCAUGAAUUUAUCUAGAAGGAGAAGGACGACGACGACAACCCCACUUGACACUUCUCAGAACAACACGACACAAGUGUGCAGUCUGUCAUCAUAUCCAAGAGAUGCCAUGACUGUGUAUCAAAAAAUUGCCAGAAGAGGAUGCAAUACAUUAACAAAUAUGGAAUAUAGAGAAUAUAAUCACUCAUUUCUCACUACAUCAGUCAUUCGGUGUCUACCAAGACGAUCUGGAGCAACCAUUGAAGAUUUGGAAUUUGUUGAAUUAAGGAAAUCAAUUUCAAAAAAAAAGAAGUCAAAGAAAUCAUUCAAGAGAUUGGAAUGGUCUAAACCUAGUGCAUGUAUUGUGACAAAUAUGGACGUGAACCAUUUUGAAUUUAUUCAUCCAACAGAAAAUCGAAUUCUAACUAUUAGAGAGUGUGCAAGAAUUCAGGGCUUUCCUGAUACUUUUGUGUUUGUGGAUGAUAGAGCUCCUCUUUGUCGCUCCCAAAAAUUGAAAGAAAAAUACACUCAAAUAGGAAAUGCUGUUCCUGUGGUGUUUGGUUUUAAGUUUGGAAUUGAAAUUAGAAAAGCAUUUAUGAAGAGUAUACAAGAAUCUUCAGCAACGUCACAAAAUCAAAUAUCAAUCAUCACUACACAACUGCAACGAAUAUUUAAGGAAACAAGAAAUACCCUAAAUAAUCAAACAACAUUAUCAGGUAUAAACAUGGUCACUCAGUGGACAGAACAAGAUUUUAAAAUUUCUGACGAGUUUCGUGAAGGAGUGACAUUGGAAUUCAGAAAGGCUGAAAAGGAAUUCCAUGUCAGUGAUGAGUUUGUUUCUCAUUAUAACGAUGACAUUGAGCAAACAAUCGAAAGCGAAACACAUGAGGAGGAAGAAUCAUCCAUUAAUGAUGAUAUGACUCUAUCUGAUAACUCUAGUGAAGCAUCCCCGCUGAUGUAA